AUGCCUUCAAAUCGACGAAGAGAAUCAGAUCAACUUAGCGCUCGGAAGAGGAGACCUUCUGCCCAAGAGUGGGAGCAGCACAAAGACUUCAUUGCUCAUCUCUACACAAAUGAAGGCAAGAAGUUAAAGGAGGUCCGCCAAAUUAUGAAGGACCUUUAUCAGUUUGAAGCUGGGGAAUCUACGUAUAAGAAGCGACUCAGUAAAUGGAAUAUAUUUAAAAACACCCGCCGAUCAGCAACAAAGGGCGAAAAGUUGACCUCCCCGCCAGUCGAUAAUAGUACACAGGGUGACGAAUAA